CAUUCUAAUAAUUCGAAAUCUUUUACGACCCGAACGGGUUUUGUCUGUUUAACAAGUCUAACUGUAGACCUUGAAGGCAGCACGUGUCACAUGACCAAAGCACAGCUGACGGAUGCUGUGAAGGCUGGUCCGUUGCUAUCCUCUUAGCUUCGUUAGCUCUGUCUAAUAAUCCUGACAGAGCAGCAUCUUCCUAAACAAAACCUGCCCCGAGGGAAGUGUACUGUCGGCCAUGGAGCGGAUACGGCGCAUGUGUGCGUUCUCUGUAUCCCCUCGUAUCGGCCGUUUUUGGUUGGAUGUCAGUGUCACAGUUUAGGAAAAAGGGCUGUCUGGUUAGCACUGUUAGCCAGUGUGUCUUACACAGGGCCAAGGCCAAGGCCGAGCAAGAAAAGGGGGAGGCCGUUAGGUAUUAUCUCUGUAAGUGGCCACAGGAGGAGCUGUGACACCUCAGGAAUUGGAUUAAAGCUCGUUUUUUGUUUUUUGUUUUUUAGUGUUGCCACUUUGUCCUCACCACCUUCACCCUUAGCUGAGCCAUGUCUACGUCAGGGUGCUGUCACCUACCGGGCUCCCUCUGCGAUUACUCUGGAAACACUGAAUCGGACGCCUCCAAGGAUUCGGAGGAGUCUGAUUCUACCGCCCAGGCUCAGUAUAUUGCUAAGGUUACGGCGAAAGAUGGCCGCCCACUCUCUACUGUUGUCAAAGCAGUCAGCUUACAGAGUGAUGUGGGCAUGUGUCGGAUCUGUCAUGAGGGAGCUGGAGGAGAGACGCUGCUCUCACCCUGCGACUGCACUGGAACCCUGGGUAAAGUGCACAAGAGCUGCCUGGAGAAAUGGCUGUCCUCCUCCAACACCAGCUACUGUGAGCUCUGUCACACAGAGUUCACUAUUGAGAGGCGACCACAGCCACUCACACAGUGGCUGAAGGACCCAGGCCCUCGCAGUGAGAAGCGUACCCUGCUGUGCGACAUGGCCUGUUUCCUUCUCAUCACUCCCCUGGCAGCCAUCUCCGGCUGGUUGUGCCUGAGGGGAGCCCAGGACCACCUGCAGCUGAAGAGCAGACUGGAGGCCGUUGGACUCAUCGCCCUCACCAUUGCCCUCUUCACCAUCUAUAUCCUCUGGACUCUGGUGUCGUUUCGGUACCACUGUCAGUUGUACUCGGAGUGGAGAAGGACCAAUCAGAAAGUGCGUCUGCUCAUGCCCGACAUGAAGGGGGCGCACACCACGCAGCGCUCGGUGCCGACCAAGUUGACCAAGAAAAUGACUGACGAGACCAUCGUAUGAGUGCAGAGCAGCAGCAGGAGGAAUAUUUCAAAAAUAACACCCUGCAAAGCGCUCUCUAAAAACAAGAAAAUAAAAUCACAUUAAUAAACUUUUGCACUUCAACGGAACAUUCUGAGAAGAGGGGGCGCUGCUCUCCUCUUGACUUUGUUUGUGGAAGCACUUGAUGUAAACUACUAAGGUAUUGGACUGGCCACAAAAGUGGUUACCUGGGAACGAACUCUCAUUUUUGAGUCAGAGUUUAGGGUUAAAAGGCAGAGUUGUCAUCAAACAGACGGCGCUGGGAAUUGGACAGAUGGAUGAUGGACUGACCAGCCUGACUGUAUGUCCUUGAAAAGCAUCAGACGUGAGAAAAUGUAGCAGGAUAUAACAGAAUCAGCAUGCUACUAGAGUAUAAUAAGAAACAUAUUCACACUACCUAUAAUUCCCCUACGCUCCUUCACUACGUAUUUAGCUGUUUUUGAACAAUGGGUAGAUGAUAGCCCUGCGGAGAAUUCUAAUAUUAAUCUGAAAUCAUGAUCAAGACUAUCUGUGAAUAUCCUUUCAGGUCCAGUAGGGGGUGACAUGCACUCUUACCAAUGUUCUUAUGUAUAACCUGAACCCUUUUAAAGUUUCCAGGUAAAGCUUUAUUAUUGCUGCCUAGUUAAAAUCACUCGACUGAUUGUUUUUGUUUUGUUUUGUUAAAUAUCACAGGUCCAGUGACUGUGUUAACCAAUGGGAAAAUACUUUACUAAAUCUAAACCACAGCGUAGUAACAUUUAAAGAAGUGUUAAUGACAGCUUUGAGACAUGUUUACAUUCCAAUUGGAAUUGGAUCCUAACGUCAUUAGAGUCACACUAGUGCAUACUCAGACAGCCCCACUCCACGUGUAAAUGCACCAUUCAUACAAAGUCAACCUGCCUGAGCAGAGAGCAGUAGUAACAAUCCCACCACGUCCUUCACCACAGGUGCAAUUUUAAAAUAGACAAUAAACAGUGUUACCUAAAGUGAGGGUUCAGCCUUUUGUCCUGUAGAAAACAGAAAUGUAUAGAUCAGACUGAAAGCUCAGCAAAGACGCGAACGAUGAACGUGUUUCUGAGAUGUCAAAUCAAUGUAUGCGGCAUAUGCUAUACAAGUAUUUUGUGUUAUUGUAGUCUUCCUGCUGCAUCCCCCUGAGAAGUUGGGUUAUUGUGCAAUAAACAAAGAGGGACUCCUGGACUCAA